AUGGCAAAUAACAAUGACCUCAAAGUGGUGUUCGGCGCUAUGACAUUUGGCAAGCCAGAUACACUUGGUGCCCGCGUCCACGACACCCAAGACGCAGCAGAGAUUCUCGACAUCUUCCAAAGCCACGGCCACAAUGAGGUCGAUACGGCGCGCAUCUACGGUGGCGGAUCAUCCGAAGAAAUUUUGAAUGCAGCUGAAUGGCAAAAGCGCGGUCUAGUCAUGGCCACGAAACUCUACCCCAGCACUGCAAUUUUCGCUGGGAGCUACACGCAUCAGCCAGACGAUCUCCGACGCGGACUUCUCAAAAGCCUUUCAGCCUUGGAAACAGACGAAAUUGACCUGUUCUAUCUGCACGGUCCAGACCGAAAUACGCCCUUUAUUGAAACACUCCGCGAGGUUAACAGGCUCCACCAAGAUGGUCAUUUCAACCGCUUCGGUCUCAGUAAUUACAUGGCCUGGGAAGUCGCGCAGAUCUGCGAGAUCUGUAACUCAAACGGCUGGAUCAAGCCGACGGUGUACCAGGGUGUCUAUCAUGCUUUGCAACGCAGCAUUGAGCCAGAGCUGAUCCCCUGUCUCCGCAAAUACGAAAUCUCGCUGUAUGCGUUCCAGCCAUUGGCCGGCGGGUUCUUGACAGGUCGGUAUACGCGGCAUCAAACGGAGUUCGAGGCCGGAUCGCGCUUCGACCCGAAGAUUCUGCAGGGAGCGAUACAUCAAAAGAGAUAUUGGAAUGAUGCGUACUUUGAUGGGGUGGAGGCCAUUUCGACUGCGGCUAGGAAGUAUUGGUUAACUGUUGCGGAGGUUGCUUUACGAUGGUUGAAGCACCAUUCCUUGCUGAGGCAAGAAUUUAACGAUGCGAUGAUUGUGGGUGCGAGCAGCGUGAAGCAUUUAGAGAGUAACUUAGUGGAUUUGGAGAAGGAGUCUUUACCGGAUGAUGUUGUUCGAGCGGUGGAAGAUGCAUGGACUUGCGUUAGAGGUGUUGUGCCCCCGUACUGGCAUUGA